AUGGUGGCUCACGACGAGCUCGGGGGGCUGCUGCCCAUCAAAAGGACUAUCCGCGUCAUCGACGCGCAGAACCAGCACUUCAGGGAGCAGGAGUUCCCGCCUGGAAUUGACUCCUGGAUAUCCCGUUCCCUGCAGCUCCCACGGCUCCACGCCUACAAAGGCUACUGCAGCAACCAGCUGGCAGCCAAGGCCCUGCUGGACCAGAAGAAGCAGGACAGGAGAGUCCAGGACUUCCUGCAGCGCUGCCUGGAGUCUCCCUUCAGCCGCAAACUGGACCUCUGGAGCUUCCUGGACAUCCCCCGGAGCCGGCUGGUGAAGUACCCGCUGCUCCUCAAGGAGAUCCUGCGGCACACGCCCAAGGACCAUCCCGACAUCCACAUCCUGGAGGAGGCCAUAUCCAUAAUCCAAGGGGUCCUCUCCGACAUCAACCUGAAGAAGGGCGAGUCCGAGUGCCAGUACUACAUCGACAAGCUGGAAUACCUGGAUGAGAAGCAGAAGGAUCCAAGGAUUGAAAGCAGCAAAGCUCUGCUGUGCCACGGGGAGCUGAAGAAUAAAAACGGACAUAAGCUCUACGUGUUCCUCUUCCAAGACAUCCUGGUGCUGACCCGGCCGGUGACCCGCAACGAGCGCCAGGCCUUCCAGGUGUACCGGCAGCCCAUCCCCGUGCAGGAGCUGCUCCUGGAGGACCUCCAGGACGGGGAUGUGAAGAUGGGGGGAUCCUUCCGAGGAGCCUUCGGCAACUCCGACAAAGCCAAGAACAUCUUCCGGGUGCGAUUCCAGGAUUCGGGGCCGGGCCAUUCCCACACGCUGCAGGCCAACGACGUGUUCCACAAGCAGCAGUGGGUGAACUGCAUCCGCGGCGCCAUCGCCCCCUUCCAGAGCUCCGCGGCCCCCUCCGAGCUCCAGGAGCUGCCGGAGCUGCGCGAGGAAUCCGAGGAGAACAACCCCUCCGUGCCCAACGUCCCGGCCCGCCGGCGCCGCUCCGGAAUAUCCGACGUGGAGCUGGACGAGGGCGCGGCCGAGCGCGGCUCCUCCGUCCUGGACUCGGGGGAAUCCAGAGGAGGGGGGAAAGCACCCAGAGCCUCGGCCGGGCUGAGGAGAUCCAGGGAGAAGCAGCUCAGUGGGAAGCGGAAAGAAACGCUGGUGUAGGGAGAAGAGGAGCCCCGGAGCGGGUCCCUUCCCUCCUUCCCGGAGGGAAAACUGUUUAUUUAUAAAUAACGCCGUGUACAUUUGUGGAAUCGGGGCAGAUCCCGGGGUUUUGUUGGAAUGGCAGCUACUUGGUGUUCGCUCCCCCGUUGAACUCUGGGGGCUGGUUUUUACACAGGGAAAAACCCUCAGGCAAAUCCCAAAGUUGGGCUCUCCUCCUGAAGGAUUUCCUGAAGGGGGGAGAACCUUUCAGAGCGGAGUCACUUUGUGUGGGGGGGGGGUGGUUGUGGCAACCCACGCAGAUUUCCAUGGAAAAACCAAAAAAAAAAAAACCCAAACCCAGCCCCCAGGUCCAACAGGUUCUCCAUUUACCUACUGGAAUCUUUUCACCUUCCCUUUGUACAUUCCUCGUUUCCGCUCUUGGAUCCUGCCAACUAUUUAAUUUUUUUUUUUUCAGUAGGUUUUUUUUGUUGUUGUUGUUGUGUCAAGUUUGGGAGUUGGGAUUUUUUUCGGUCGUUUUUGUUUUCUUUGGGGUUUUUUCCCCCCCUUUUUUUUUUCUUUUUUAACUUUUGUAUUUUGUUUGUCCAGACUUGGCAUUUUUUUUUUCCUUCCCAGUUACUCGAUCCUUCGUGCUCCGGAAGGGAGGGAUGUGGGGUGUGUGUGUAUCCACAGCAUUCCCCAUGGAACGAGCAAUCCAGAGGCUGGGAGGAGACCCUGCUGAGGGAGGAGGAAGGGAGUUCCUCCGGGGUGUAGGAAGGUUGUAGGGACGUUGUAGAGGGUUUUGGGAGGGGGAGAGGAGCAGUAGAGGGGAGUAGCAGCGAGCGGAGGUAGAUUUUGUGUUACCGUUGCCUUUUGGGAAUGAAACCCCUUCCCGUGGGAAUGAAACCCCUUCCCGGGGGAAGGCAGGACUGGAGGGGCAACCAAGGGGAUUCCUGCACGUGGUAGAAAGGUAGAGAAGAGGAAGAGUUUGAGGUGUAGGGAGAGGAGAGGGAAUGUUGUAAAUACUCCGACUGCCAGAGAGCCAGGCGGGGGAUCCGGCCCGGAAAUCCCUGGAAUUGCGUUGCCUGUGCCGUGUGUGGCCGUUGGGAGAGGGGAGGAGGGUGCACAUGGACAUCUCUGUAAAUGUCUUGUACAGUUCCAGUGCCAAGAACAUUAAAUUCCUGAUGCCUCUC